AUGUCUGGCCGUCGUUCUAAACUUGCACUAGAUGUUCUUCGUCUUUAUGCUGAAUAUAUGCGUUUAAGUCGACAAGUACAAGGUUUAAGAGAUAUAGCGCGUCUUGAAUUUAAACAAUAUAAAGAUCUUAAACCAAAAGAUAAUCUUAUUUAUAUUGAAUAUCUUAUUCGACGAGGUAAAUCUCAAUUAACAACACUUAAAGGUCAAGAAUCUUUAUCAAAUAUUCUCGCUAACUUUCCAUCAAAUUAUACGAUAAAUGGGCAUAACAAUCAACAACAUAUAACAUUUGCAUUUGGUUAUGGUUCUGGUGUUUUAAAACAACAACAAGAUAUAAACAAAUCAACAAAUCAAAAUCAAAUUGAUCUUAUUUUCGCUGUCAACAAUUCAUUUAAAUUUCAUGAAGAAAAUCUUCAAUUAAAUCCACAUCAUUAUUCAUUUUUAAGACACUUUGGUGUAUCAACAAUAACACGUAUACAAGAAACAAGGGGAGCUAGAAUUUAUUUUAAUCCAUAUGUAAAGUUUAAUAAUGAUUCAAAUACGCUUUACAAAUAUGGGAUCAUUUCACGAAAACAUCUUAUUAGAGAUCUACUUGAUUGGGAAACACUUUAUGUUGCUGGUCGUCUUCAAAAACCAGUAAGUGUUAUACAAAUUGAUCAAACCGAUCAAGAUUUAAUUUAUGCACUUAAAACAAAUUUAAAUAGUGCACUACAUGUUGCUUUACUUCUUUUACCUGAAGAAUUUACAUUAAAAGAUUUAUUUCUUAAAAUAGCAUCUCUAUCAUAUCAAGUUCUACCACAAAUUGAUGUAUUUAUUAAUCUUUAUUCAAAUUUAAUAUUAAAUGAUACACAUUUACAUUGGAAUAAAAUUCGAACAUUGGAUACAAUGGUUAAACAAGAUGUAUCACCAACAUCAAUAUUUAAACGUUUACUUGCUUUACCUAAACAUGUUAUUACUAAUAUAAUGGAAUCAAUAACAUUAAAAACAAGACAAUAUCAAGAUACAGAAGAAGUGAUUAGAAAAUUAUGUCUUAGUACACAACGAAGAGAAAAAAUUGAGCAUGCUGUACGAUCAAUUGUUAAAAGAUCAAGUAUAACACAAACAUUUAAGGGUGUUUUAACUGCUGGUUUUCUUCGUAGUACUCGUUAUGCUUUAGCGAAACUAAAAAAAAUGAUUCGUUAA